AUCUACAGCAAUGGUUAUACUGAAUUUAGUUUUAUCCGUACUGUAUCAGCAAUGGAUGCUCAAGAUAUUGAUCUGAGCAGUCCAAGGUUCUUUGUGUAUGCUCUUAAUGGAGCUGCUACCUUUAAUACUGAUGGAACUAUAGCCAGGAUAGGACGACAUCCAAGCACUCCAAUAGUAUCAGAUGAUCGCAUCACACUGGGUACUGCAGCACAGUGUCCAGGUGUUUUUGAUGAGUUGAAUACUGGUACUGAUCCAACUGAUACUGCUUCAACUGGUACCAGUCCACCUGAUACUGUUCCAACUGAUACUGCUUCAACUGGUACCAGUCCACCUGAUACUGUUCCAACUGAUACUGCUUCAACUGGUCCUGGUCCAACUGAUGGCAGUGCUACCAUGAUGCUAUCAGUCUUUGUCCUGAUAUUCUGCACACUAUUAGCUUACCUCAUAUAAUCCUGAACUAGAGUACCUAACUACGAGUAUAUUAUGUUUCUUGCUGAUUAUUAUUUUUCUUAGCUGUAGUAUUGUCUUAUCAUUUUGUCAUGCUGAUAAUUAUUACAUGUAGCUUCAAACUUUAAUUACA